AUGAACGUCCAGUACAACUCGGCCCUGCGCCAGAGCAAGGCCAUCCGCAACGACCUCGAAAAGCUAUCCUCCGCCGCCGCCCAGCCCGCCGCCCUGACCCCCGCCGAGAUCGGCAACGUGUCCGCGUCCCUCGCCUCCUUCUCCAAGACGAUCGACGAAUACAACAGCCUUGCCCGCCAGGAGCUCGUCAAGAAGAAGCAGGAAGAGGCUUACGAACGCGUCAAGCGCUUCCGCGACGACCUGUCCGACUUCAGGUCCCAGGUCGAAUCCCUUAAGAAGGCCCGCGAGGAUGCCGUACACAGCACCAACCGCAGCGAGCUGCUGGGCCGCCGCGCCUACGCCACAUCCACCCCCGAGAACCCCUACGCCAACGUCGGCAAGCCGUCUUCCUCGGCCUUCCACAGCCGCGGCGCCCCCACCGGUGGCCAUGCCGGCUCCGGGCUAAGCAUGGGCGGCAACGAUGUCACGAGGGAGCAGCACGCGCUGCGCGAGCAGAACUUCUUCGCCAACACCAACUCGGCCCUCGACGAGUACAUCGCGAGGGGCCAGGCCGUGCUGGGUGACCUGGGCACCCAGCGCGAGAUGCUCAAGAACACCCAAAAGAGGCUGUACUCGGUCGGCAACACCCUGGGCAUCUCGGGCGACACUAUCCGCAUGAUCGAACGCCGCGCCAAGGAGGACAAGUGGAUAUUUUGGGCAUGCGUCAUCGUCUUCUUUCUCUUCUGCUGGGCCUGCAUACACUUCUUACGGUGA